CUCGACGAACUCUUGGCUCCUAAGCUUUCCCGGCCAGCACGCAGCAGCCACCCCUUCUCCGGGUUCUCCCCCUACCCCGCGAUCGAGCCGUUGGAAUCGCGCGUUCCGGGCGGGAUCCGGCGCGCCCCCGGCCCGAUCCCGAUGCUCUCCGGCGGCGACGACGGCGUCCCCGACGGCAUCGGGAUGGCGCGGCUCGCGUGGACGCGCCUCCCCACCGCGGACGCCGAGGGGGCGGGGCCCUCCACCUCCGCCGCGGCGGCGGGCGACGAGCUCUUCUCCGCCGCGGCCGUCGAGAGCCUGGACUACGAGGUCAUCGAGAACUACGCGUACCGGGAGGAGCAGGCGCAGCGGAGCAAGUUCUGGGUGCCCUACUACGUCAUGCUCAAGUGGCUAUUCUCUCUGCUGAUCGGCGUCGGUACUGGAUUAGCUGCUAUAUUCAUAAAUUUGGCUGUUGAGAACUUCUCUGGAUGGAAAUAUACUGCAACGUUUGCUAUAAUAAAGCAUUCAUAUUUUGUGGGAUUCUUUGUCUACACCAUUUUCAAUUUAGCCCUAGUCUUCUCUUCUGUAUACAUAGUCACAAACUUUGCUCCAGCAGCUGCUGGAUCUGGUAUUCCAGAGAUCAAAGGUUAUUUAAAUGGAGUGGAUACACAUGGAAUCCUCCUUUUCAGAACAUUAGUUGGGAAGAUCUUCGGGAGCAUUGGAUCAGUUGGAGGUGGAUUGGCUCUAGGAAAAGAAGGGCCUCUUGUUCAUACUGGGGCCUGCAUUGCUUCUCUUCUUGGACAAGGCGGAUCUGCGGAAUACCACUUGAGUUCUAGAUGGGUACGGAUUUUUGAAAGCGAUCGUGAUCGGCGAGACCUUGUGACAUGUGGAUGUGCAGCUGGAGUUGCUGCAGCCUUCAGAGCUCCUGUUGGUGGGGUGCUAUUUGCCCUGGAGGAAGUUACAUCCUGGUGGAGAAGUCAUCUUAUGUGGAGAGUAUUCUUCACAUCUGCUGUUGUGGCCGUUGUGGUGCGUUCGGCAAUGAAUUGGUGCAAUAGUGGAAAGUGUGGUCAUUUUGGAGCUGGAGGUUUCAUAAUCUGGGACAUAUCUGGAGGUCAAGAAGAUUACUCAUAUCAGGAACUGUUUCCUAUGGCAAUUAUUGGUGUUAUUGGUGGACUUCUUGGGGCAUUAUUUAAUCAACUCACCCUGUAUAUAACUAAAUGGCGGCGAACGUAUCUUCACAAAAAAGGGAAACGCGUGCAGAUCUUUGAAGCCUGCCUUAUAUCUUUGGUAACAUCGACAAUUUCCUUUGUGUUGCCGCUACUAAGGAAAUGCAGCCCAUGCCCUCAAUUAGAAACUAAUUCAGGCAUAGAAUGCCCUCAUCCACCUGGCACAGAUGGGAAUUUCGUCAAUUUUUAUUGUUCAAAAGAUAAAGAAUACAAUGAUCUAGCAACCAUUUUCUUCAAUACUCAGGAUGAUGCAAUACGGAAUCUUUUCAGUGCAAAAACAUUCCAUGAAUACAGUGCACAGAGCCUGAUCACCUUCCUGGUCAUGUUUUACUCCUUAGCUGUCGUGACCUUUGGAACUGCUGUUCCAGCUGGUCAGUUCGUUCCAGGAAUAAUGAUCGGAUCUACAUAUGGACGGCUUGUUGGAAUGUUUGUUGUCAAGUAUUAUAAGAAGCUAAACAUCGAGGAGGGCACGUAUGCGCUGCUUGGUGCUGCAUCCUUUCUUGGUGGUUCAAUGAGAAUGACUGUAUCUUUAUGUGUUAUCAUGGUUGAGAUUACAAAUAACUUGAAACUCUUGCCACUGAUCAUGCUUGUUCUUCUAGUUUCUAAGGCGGUUGGUGACUUCUUUAAUGAAGGGCUAUAUGAGGAGCAAGCCCGACUAAGGGGCAUCCCUUUACUGGACUCCAGGCCUAAACAGGUUAUGAGAAAUAUGAAUGCAAAGGAUGCCUGCAAGAAUCAAAAGGUUGUCUGCCUACCUCGUGUUUCAAGAGUAAUCGACAUUGUCUCUGUUUUGCGAACCAACAAGCAUAAUGGUUUCCCUGUUGUUGACCGUGGGCAGAAUGGCGAAUCACUAGUCAUAGGUCUCAUACUUCGUAGCCACUUACUGGUACUUCUACAAGCUAAAGUAGAUUUCCAGAACAGUCCUUUCCCUUGUGGGCCAGGCGUACUGAACAGGCAUAAUUUUAGUGACUUCGUUAAACCAGCAUCAAGUAAAGGGAAAUCAAUUGAUGAUAUUCAUUUGACUGAGGAUGAACUAGGGUUAUAUUUGGAUCUUGCCCCAUUUUUAAACCCUUCACCAUACAUAGUGCCAGAGGACAUGUCGUUGGCGAAGGUGUACAAUCUCUUCCGCCAGCUUGGAUUGAGACAUAUAUUUGUUGUUCCUAGGCCUUCUCGUGUUGUAGGAUUGAUAACCAGAAAAGAUUUAUUACUUGAGGAGGAUGGCAAUACUGCGAUGGCGGAGCUCCAAUCGACGAGUGUAAGGGGCUUGCUGAAUGGCAGACUGCUGGGCGGUAAUGCACAUCUGGAACGUCCUCUUCUUGACAACCUUGUGAUUGAGUAGAUACAUAGCAGCACACGUCUUAAGAUAAUUUUGAUAGCUAGCAGUUAACCUUCCACUGCAUAUCGGGCCAUGUGUAUUCUUUACAUGAAUCAAGCGGCACUGAGCCGACGAUGCAGCAUGGAUUGGAUCCUUCGAAGUGUUGCGGAUGGAGGUUCCCCAUUGAACAUCACGUUGCUGUGUCGUAAGGUAAUUUCUCCGUGCCGUGUGUCUAGAUUAGGUGAUUGUAACUUGCACAGAAAUGUUCAUACAUACCAUCCAUGUAUCUCACGACAAAUUUCCAAGGCGCGGGCGCGCGGCGUUAGGCGGCUGUAUGUAGAAUUUUGUAAUGGGUGAUGCCAUGGUGAAGACAAAAGUUACUGAUGAUUCGUGCCUUCUUUUCCUGAAGUUGUGGUUGGCGGCUACUUGAAAAUUUACGUUGGUUCCGGUCGGAAUGGC